CAUGACAUUUCAGUUUGAUCACUUGGCAGAGUUGGAUGUUCCUUGUGUUACUGUGCCAAUGGCAUGGGUUGUAUAAGUUCCUAAUGGAAAAGGAUGGCCAUGUUGGGACAUUGUAACUAAAUUUAACAUCACAAGCAAAGUUAACUGUAAACAUGGUAAACAAAGAUUUUUUUUAGGAACAUGGAUUUGUGGAUUACAAGAAUCUUGAAAUCUUUCGAUCUAACCCAUCUUUGGUGACUUUUUACAUGUGUACCGUAUAUAUCUUUGGGAAUGCCAUUCUAGUGAAUUGGGAAUAGUUUUAUGACUAAGUUUUUAUUUCCCAGCUGAUGUUUGUUUAAAUUUUAUCAGAUUGUUUCAAGAUUGCUGACCAAUGGAAACGCACCCAACUACCCCCUUACAUUCUCACUGUACCAAUUAUAUGAUAGUUGAAAUGAAAUAGAAAUUUUUGUUUGUAAACCUUAACAUCAGAUGGUUGUGUGCUCAACUCCAUGCAUGGUUGUAGGCACCUAGCACAGUGGGGAGCUGUGACUGGUGGCAGUGAUGGUAUACAGAGCUCUGCGUACAGGCCAUCUCUGUGAGGAGCUUGUCACUUGUAUCAUUCUUUUAUUAAAAAUUAUUUAUCAUAAACAAGAUGAAGAGAUAUGUUGCUACAGUGGACAUACCAGUACAUGCUGGCUUCCGUCCAGUUUAAGUUUAUGUUCACUGCAGCCAUGAUGUUUCAUCAGUGUUACUCCAUUGUUUCAGUCAGAGCUACAGGGAGGUGUGAUGUUUCAUCAGUGUUACUCCAUUGUUUCAGUCAGAGCUACAGGGAGGUGUGAUGUUUCAUCAGUGUUACUCCAUUGUUUCAGUCAGAGCUACAGGCGUUUCAUCAGUGUUACUCCAUUGUUUCAGUCAGAGCUACAGGUGUUUCAUCAGUGUUACUCCAUUGUUUCAGUCAGAGCUACAGGGAGGUGUGUUGUUUCAUCAGUGUUACUCCAUUGUUUCAGUCUAAGCUACAGGGAGGUGUGAUGUUUCAUCAGUGUUACUCCAUUGUUUCAGUCAGAGCUACAGAGAGGUGUGAUGUUUCAUCAGUGUUACUCAUUGUUUCAGUCAGAGCUACAGGGAGGUGUGAUGUUUCAUCAGUGUUACUUCAUUGUUUCAGUCAGAGCUACAGGGAGGUGUGAUGUUUCAUCAGUGUUGCUCCAUUGUUUCAGUCAGAGCUACAGGAAGGUGUGAUGUUUCAUCAGUGUUACUCAUUGUUUCAGUCAGAGCUACAGAGAGGUGUGAUGUUUCAUCAGUGUUACUCCAUUGUAUCAGUCUGAGCUACAGGUGUUUCAUCAGUGUUACACCAUUGUAUCAGUCAGAGCUACAAGUGUUUCAUCAGUGUUACUCCAUUGUAUCAGUCAGAGCUACAGAUGUUUCAUCAGUGUUACUCCAUUGUUUCAGUCAGAGCUACAGGGAGGUCUGAUGUUUCAUCAGUGUUACACCAUUGUUUCAGUCAGAGCUACAGGGAGGUGUGGUGUUUCAUCAGUGUUACUCCAUUGUUUCAGUCAGAGCUACAGGGAGGUUUGAUGUUUCAUCAGUGUUACUCAUUGUUUCAGUCAGAGCUACAGGGAGGUGUGAUGUUUCAUCAGUGUUACUCCAUUGUAUCAGUCAGAGCUACAGGGAGGUGGGAUGUUUCAUCAGUGUUACUCCAUUGUAUCAGUCAGAGCUACAGGUGUUUCAUCAGUGUUACUCCAUUGUAUCAGUCAGAGCUACAGGUGUUUCAUCAGAGUUACUCCAUUGUUUCAGUCAGAGCUACAGGUGUUUCAUCAGUGUUACACCAUUGUAUCAGUCAGAGCUACAGGUGUUUCAUCAGUGUUACUCCAUUGUAUCAGUCAGAGCUACAGGUGUUUCAUCAGUGUUACUCCAUUGUAUCAGUCAGAGCUACAGGUGUUUCAUCAGUGUUACACCAUUGUAUCAGUCAGAGCUACAGGUGUUUCAUCAGUGUUACUCAAUUGUAUCAGUCAGAGCUACAGGUGUUUCAUCAGUGUUACUCCAUUGUAUCAGUCAGAGCUACAGGUGUUUCAUCAGUGUUACUCCAUUGUAUCAGUCAGAGCUACAGGUGUUUCAUCAGUGUUACUCCAUUGUAUCAGUCAGAGCUACAGGUGUUUCAUCAGUGUUACUCCAUUGUAUCAGUCAGAGCUACAGGUGUUUCAUCAGUGUUACUCCAUUGUAUCAGUCAGAGCUACAGGUGUUUCAUCAGUGUUACUCCAUUGUUUCAGUCAGAGCUACAGGGAAGUGUGAUGUUUCAUCAAUGUUACUCCAUUGUUUCAGUCAGAGCUACAGGAAGGUGUGAUGUUUCAUCAGUGUUACACCAUUGUUUCAGUCAGAGCUACAGAGAGGUGUGAUGUUUCAUCAGUGUUACUCAUUGUUUCAGUCAGAGCUACAGGGAGGUGAUGUUUCCUCAAUGUUACACCAUUGUUUCAGUCAGAGCUACAGAGAGGUGUGAUGUUUCAUCAGUGUUGCUUCAUUGUUUCAGUCAGAGCUACAGGGAGGUGGGAUGUUUCAUCAGUGUUACUCCAUUGUUUCAGUCAGAGCUACAGAGAGGUGUGAUGUUUCAUCAAUGUUACUCCAUUG